CGUCAUUUUCCAGAAGUGAAAGUUAAAGUGUGAGAGCAGCAGCAGAGCUGCAGUCGAGUCCUGUUUGUCUCUAAAAGAAGAUUCACCGAGUCCAUCAGGCUCCUCUCAGCAACAGUGAGUGCAGACAUGUCUGCUUCCAGCAAUCUACAAUCUGAAGAUCAGUUUCUGUGCUCCAUCUGUCUGGAUGUGUUCACUGAUCCAGUCAGCACAUCAUGUGGACACAACUUCUGUAAGAAAUGCAUCACUCUGCACUGGGACAUGAAUCAGAGCUGUCAGUGUCCCAUGUGUAAAAAGGUGUUUAAUAUCAGACCUGAGCUUCAUGUUAACACCUUCAUCUCUGAGGUGGUUGCUCAGUUCAGACGUGAAGCUGAGCAGAAAGCCAGCAGCAGCAGCUCAGAGCAACAAGCUGCCAAACCAGGAGAAGUUCCCUGUGACGUCUGCACCAGAACCAAACUGAAGGCCCUGAAGUCCUGCCUGGUGUGUCUGACCUCCUACUGUGAGACUCACCUGGAGCCUCAUCUGACAGCUUCACGUCUGAAAAGACAUCAGCUGGUGGAGCCUGUGGAGAACCUGGAAGGCAGGAUGUGUGUGAAGCACGAUAAACCUCUGGAGCUGUUCUGUAAGACCGACCAGACAUGUGUCUGCAUGCUCUGCCCUGUUUUAGACCACAAGAACCACGAGUUUGUUCCUCUCAGAGAAGAAUAUGAAGGAAAGAGGACAGAGCUGGGGAAGAUAGAUGCUGAAAUUCAGCAGAUGAUCCUGAAGAAACGACUGAAGGUUCAGGAGGUCAAGAAGUCAGUGAAGAUGAGCAGAGAUGCUGCAGACAGAGAGAAAGCAGAAGGUGUUCAGGUCUUCACUGCUCUGAAGAAGUCUGUUGAGAGAGGCCUGAAGGAGCUCAUAAAGGAGAUCGAAGACAAAAAGAAAGCAACAGAGAAACAGGCUGAAGGUUUCAUCAAGGAUCUGGAACAGGAAAUCUCUGAACUGAUGAGGAGAAGCUCUGAGGUGGAGCAGCUCUCACGCUCUGAAGACCACCUCCACCUCCUCCAAAGCUUCUCGUCCCUGAAAGCUGCUCCACCCACCAAGGACUGGACAGAGGGCAGUGUCCAUCCAACAUCAUAUGAGGGGACUGUGGUGAGCGCUGUGGCUCAGCUGGAGGAGACACUCAGGAAAGAGAAGAAGAAGAAGAAGCUGUUUGAGGCUGAGCUGAAGAGGGUCCAGCAGUAUGCAGUGGAUGUGACUCUUGAUCCUGAUACAGCACAUCCUAAACUCAUCCUGUCUGAUGAUGGAAAACAAGUGUAUGAUGGUGAUGUGAGGAAGAAUCUUCCAGACAACCCAGAGAGAUUUUCUAACUAUACUAUGGUUUUAGCAAAGCAGAGUUUCUCUUCAGGCAGAUUUUACUUUGAGGUUCAGGUUAAAGGAAAGACUGACUGGGAUUUCGGGGUGGCCACAGAGUCCAUCAACAGGAAGGGAAAAAUCACACUGAGACCUCAGAAUGGUUUCUGGACUGUGUGGCUGAGAAAUGGAAACAGGUACAGAGCUCUAAUUGGAUCUCCACUCCCCCUCUAUCUUCAGUCUGGUCCUGAGAAGGUGGGGGUGUUUGUGGAUUAUGAGGAGGGUCUGGUCUCCUUCUAUGAUGUAGAUGCUGCAGCUCUGAUCUACUCCUUUACUGGCUGCUGCUUCACUCAGAAACUCCACCCAUACUUCAGUCCCUGUCGUAAUCAGGGUGGUAAAAACUCUGCUCCUCUGAUCAUCUGUGCUGUCAAUCAAACUUAGUCGAUCACCAACUGAUUUGAUUUGAUGAUUUGAUUGAUUUUUAUUGAAGGGAACAAAUGAACAUAUUCAGUGUGAAUAUCAGACAAUAAGUAUUAAAAAGCUUCAUUUAAGAAUAAAGUUUGUUAAAUGCUGUUAGUGGAUACAGAAACAUGUCAUUGUUAUAUGAAGCAUUCAGAGCUCAGCUGAUGUUUGCUACACAGAGCUUUGGUUACUUAGGGUCUCCUGACAUGGCUCAGUUUAGUGCAUAGACAGUAUAACAGAUGAACGUAACUUCUAGCUCUGAAACGUGAAGCUUUUAACCUGCAUUCCCUUUAAUGGCCACUAGGGGGCGAUACCUGUGGUUACAAAAAGACCUCCAGUCCUUUAUAAGUGUACGGAAAAUGUUGCUCUGACUGACCUCAGUAAACAGUUUACUGCUGACUUUAAUGUCUCAGACACUAACUUUGAUCAUCUUCAGUGUCAGAUGGAGGAUCAUUCAUUGAGUUCAAUAUGAGUUCAACAAAUCUAGUCGGUAUCUUCUAAAAUAAAA